AAACAGUUCUACAAACAACAUUCAAGUAACAAAAUCUAUCAAAAUUCAUUAUAAUGGACAAUACCAAAACUAAUUUAAAAGCAGCAGAAACAAAACAAUCACAAGAGCAAUUAAGACAAGAAAUUGAGCGACAAAAGUGUAUGCACGAAGCUUUAAUUCAACAAAACAUAAGGCUGCUUCGUUCCGAAUCCAACCUGAAGACAAAUUUAGAACAAGAAGAGCUUAAAACCAUAAAGUUUUCACAAAAACUAAUCAAAGGAAUUAUCAGUGAUGUCAUCGAUUUUAUUGAAGACGAAACAGCUAAAGAUUUCCACAUCAUCAUCAAUGAACGAGAGUUUCCAGUACACAAAUUCAUCCUUAAAGCUCGUAGUCCGACAUUAGCUGAAGUUCUAACAAACAAUCCAGAUGCUCAUGAUUUGAUUUUAACUGACAUCAAUGAGAAUGUCUUUGAAAAGAUCUUGCAGUUUCUCUACACCGACGAGCUACCUAGAGAUGGUGGAAUUGACUACUUGAACCUUUUUACCGCAGCUGGGGAAUUGAAGAUUGAAGACUUAAAACAUUUUGCUGGUGUUAAAGCAUGCAACUAUGUAGUCAAGGAAAAUGCAGUUGACGUUCUCUUUUUGAGCACCAAAUAUGAACAUGAUGUACUUAAAAAUUGUGCAUUUGACGAAAUCAAGAAGUUCUAUCCAACUAUCAAAUUUGACAACCACUGGAUUAGGGAUACUAGCAAGAUCAUUGAGGCAAUCGAGAAAUUCGAGAAGAAAAGAGUUUCAAGAAUUCCAGUUCGAGUAAGCGUACGGGAAUGAGAGAUUAGCUAUUAGGAUUGAGUUUUUAAAUGACAAAAUUAAAAAAAUAUUGCCAAA